AUGCUCCUUCGACGCCGGCUGUGGCAUUUGGCACUUCCAGCUGGCGUGCGCCAAGUGUCCGUGGCGAGGCAAGUGAAGAAGCUGCGCCUGCGCGGUGUCGUGAAGAAGGCCUUCGAAGAGUCACCGCCACCGCGCUUGACGUCGAAGGCCCUCCAAGUCUAUGUGAAGGACCUGAAGCGCCAUGGAGGGCAAAAAGCUGAAGAGAUCCUUCAACAAAAGGCUCGAAAGGACCCCUUCGCGCUCACCUCCGAGGAAAAGACGGAGCUGUUGGUGCGUUACUUGCCCGAACAGGCGGAUGCCUCGCAGCAGCUCCGCAAGAACUGCCCGGGGCCCCUGCAGAGGAUGAUUUGUACACGUGGCAUUGCAAUGUCGCUGGACAACCACCGUCAGGACUAUCCCGUGCGGCCCCCGCGGGUGGAGGUGCUUGGAAGCACCGUAACGCAUCCGAAUGUCUUCUCCACCUUUAUUUGCUUAGAUAUGCUUGAGGGAGGGGAAUGGGCUGCUGAUGAGGAGAAGCGGCGACCUUACAUGGGCUGGAGCAGUGCGUAUAGCAUCUUAGCCAUUCUUCGGCAGCUGCAGACCUUCUUCUUCGAAGGUGAUGGCACUCAAUGGUGGAAGUGUCCACGCUGCACACUUCACAACCCCAUGAAGAGCAAGCGAUGUGAAGCCUGCGACCACGGACGUGGAACGCUUAAAGCCAUUGGCAUCGAAGUGGAGCACAUGGUGGGCUUCGAGUGCCGAUGUGGACAUCGUCAUGGCGGAGCUCAAUGGCCUCCAUUUCCCCAGAGCGUGGAGUGUGAUGACGCCCCCGUGGCUGCUGUGUUGCCGGAGGCCUGUGCGGAGAGCUCCUGCGUGAUCUGCCUGGGGCACUUGGACGACGAAGCGCGUGGCGCGCUGAAGGGUGCACCGGCCGCCCGGCCCUUGGCACAGCUGGUGGAUGCACGAGGGCAGGUGGUGUGCAAGCAUUUCUUCCACCUGCCCUGCGCCAAGCAGUUGCAGUCGCGGUUUUGCCCUUUGUGCCGCACAGCCUUCCGAGAAGUUGCUGCCUUGUCGGACACCCCUGUGAUCCAGAGAAGCCGGGCCAGCUAUAGCAGUGAGCCACUUUGCAAAGAGGCACUUGUGAGCAUGGCACGCUUGGCCAGCUGGCCGUUGGGUGUGGUCAUUCAAAUGAUGUCCUUCCUGCUGCGACGGGAGCGCGUGGGCGUGGCCUUCGCCGUGCCAGCCUGGAAGGAAGCGGCUCAAGCGCCGGUCUUUUGGGAAGCGCAAGAAGUGCAGUGCUUCCAUGAAAAGACUGGGCCGGACGAGGACGUCAUCGGCAUCGGCGUCCUGGCCCAGGGCCGCGGCCGCUUGGCGACGUUGACGGCACACUUCGAUGCGAUCUCGCGGACGGCCUGGCAGGGAGGCUUGCGCAAGGCUGCAUGGAAGGAGCCCUUAAGCCACUGGUUGCCUCUCUUCAUCCACCAGCACCACGCCGACACGGCCGCGUCGCUGCUGACGGAGUGCCUCCACGUGUUGGCCGAAGCCUCCGCGCAGCAGGAGGACUCGCACAUUCCGCCGCUGAUCUUCCAGGCGUUGCAGAACCGCAGAGUCCAGGCGGUGGAUGCCAUCGUGGCCUUUCCGGAGAUGAUGCAUCAGCUCUUGAAGCAGGUGCUUUAUGGAGAUCGACAUGCUUCUUUGAAGCUAUUGAAGGGCUACUUUGUGAUGCACAGAUUGUUCUUGCAUUGUUGCGAUCAGUGGCCCGAGAUCCGUGUCGCCGCGGAUAUGGCUCUGAAACAAUUCAUCUCCUCGCCUGAAGGUCGCACCAAACAGGCGACGCCAUGGCUCGCCUACAUCUUGCAACUACUCACCGUGUCCAACGUCGGUUGGGAAGAGGUGAAGGAAGCGUUCCUGCAAGAAGCCCUGGCUCGCGAAGUGCAGUUCAUUUUGCCACGAUAUCCGAGCUAUUGUCCGAGCAGACCGGGUGAAAGCGGAGAAGACCAGGUGGAGGAGUCAAGCAAGAUGACCAGCGAGUGGAGCAUCGUCGCCUCCAUGCUGGGCUCCGACCGUGCGGGCGGCGGCGACGCCGAGCAGUUGACGCCCGAGGCCUUCCGAGGAGCUCGGCGCGGAUGGACGUGCAUCGCAGGCGCGGUGCGGAGAGGUUCCAGCGCCUUUUCCGUGCACAUCCGCUCGAUGCCGGCCGACAGCGUGAUCCGCAUCGGAUGGAUCCGCGCGGAGGGAGGCUUUGAGGAUGGCUGGGGCUUCCAUGCCUCCGAGUGCUACGGGACGGCUUGUGGCUGGAAAGCUCAUGAAGGUCGAUGGCAGCGCUAUGGAACAUUCUUCCAAGAGGGUGACACCAUCACAGCGAUGGUGCAGAAUGGAUCGAUGAGCUUCCUGAAGAAUGGCCGUAACUUAGGUGUGGCCUUCCACGUCCCGGUCACGGAGACUCUCCGCCCCGCUGUGGCUCUCCGCCGCCGCGCCGAGGUGCAGCUGGAGCUCGCGCCGUCCGCGCCGGCGGCGCUCGCGCCGGCGGAGACGGCGCUGCGCGCGCCGGAGACGCAGCGGGACGUGGCGUGGGAUGCGAACCGGCGGGGCAAUACGCUGAUCAUGUUCCAGGUCUUUUUCCUGACCUUGGUGCGUCCAGCCGAGAGUCCUCCAUAUUGGUCUCGCGUGAAGGCAGAGUACGACAAACGCUAUGGCUUCCCUGCGCCUGAGAUGUCCGCAGCUCUCUUCGACAUGUUCAGUGAAGUUCAUAAGAUCCGAGAUCUGCCAGGGCAUGUGGCCUGGCCGAAGUUCUUGAGCCUCCUGGGCUUCGAGGAACUGUGUAUGGAGAAGCUGCAGCUGCUCCUGCGCGAAGCCUUCGACCGUGCCAAGGCCCAAGGCUACAAGCAGGGCCACAAGUGGCUUUGGCGCUUCUUGCGCCAGCGGGACUUCAAGCGCUUCGAAGCCAUGCUGGAAGCCAUGCAGAAUCGGGAGAUCCUCUUUGAUGAGGUGACCUACAACUUUGCGAUGUACGGCAUUCUCCUUCAUCCCCGGCAAGAGGACGAACUGGCUCGACAGGCCUUCUUAGACAUGGAAGAGGAUGGGCGUUUCCAUCCGGCCUUGCUGCGACUACACCGAGGCUUUCUGGAGUCCUACUUCGAGCUAAAAGAGGUGGACGCCACGCCCAAUCCAAUGAACCUGCUGAAGGUCACACGAACCUUUUGGCAGAUCUCCGUGAAUUUCAAACGGAAGCGCGUGAAGGAGACCCGCUUUCGGUUGGCCGCAGCUGCUUCACAGCAGCGUGCGGAGCUGGCCGGAAGCGGACAACUGAUAGAGGCUCCCUCGCUGGAGCUGGAGGACGACGACGAGCUGAGCGACGGAGAGUUCCAGAACCGCGUGAAGAGACCUCCUUGGCGACCGCGCCAAUUGAUGAAUGUCUACAAGGGAAGUGGGGUGAGAAACUCAGCCGCUUCGUAG